AUGAACCUGCUCCGGGACCCUAGUAGCGGGCCCUAUCGGAUCUUAAUCGAGUUCACGUGCGAGUUUACGAAGAAAUAUCUCGGUAUAAAAGAUGCGAAUACGUUUGUACUUCCUGAGAUUAUCUUUGAUCCGUCCCUAAUCCUCAGUCCGCACGUCGCUCUCUUGGGCCUUAUUUUUGCUGAUAAUGCGUUCUUGGCCCCGAGUCUCACAUCAGCCGAGAAGAUCAGCAAGCUAGAUAUCCCGCUUAGUUAUAAGCAGCUGCCCUUGCGUUUAAAGCCGAAGAUGGCUAAUAUCCCCGUCCUCCGCAAGUUUAUUAAGACGCCGUAUAGCUGGGAGAUCUCCCCCGACCAGCCACUACCGUACACGACUCUCUUGAAGUGGAUGAAGCGGCUCGGCGUGCUCACCGGGUUCCCGCAAAUCACGCGUCCGUACUGCCUCCGAUACGGUGCAGGCAACGCCUUUAACUAG